AGCAUGAAAUACGGGAGUUUGGAGUUUGGUUUGGAGGGCCUGAGUUACAGGUUACAGCCACCAAGGUUUAAGAUAGACGGAUGAUGUUUGUUAUUCAUUUAAAUGACAUUUUUAUAAAUAAUGUUUUAAAUAAUGGACAACCUCGAACAGCAGUGUGAAGACGCGCUCUUCGAAUUAUGUGAUGCUCGAGAGCGGUAUCCUUUACAGUGUGCAAAUGAACUAGAAAAAUGUAUAAAACUUGAAACUGACUUACGUAUGAUGGAAGUACGGAAAUCAAAUAUAAUAGACAAACCAUCUUCUUGGGAACAUAAUAGAAAUUUGAAUACCGAUGUUACUGAAAAUAAAAUAAGUUUUAAAUAUUUAGAUCGUAAGCUACAUAGUAUUAUAAACAAAUUGGAUAAUUUAGAAGCAGUUAUGGAUCAAAUUGAACGAGAUAAGAAAUCUUUGGUUAAUAAAUUAUUACGAGGUUAAGUUUGAUACAUUUGACACAAUAAAAUAUGCAAAGUAAUAUUA